AUGGUAAAUCAUCUUUCCUUGCCCACGUUGAGGCACCCUAUCCCAUACCGCUUGCAAUGGCUUAAUGAGAGUGGGGAUAUCAAAGUCACCAAGCAAGUGGUGGUGCUUUUUCGAAUUGGGAAGUAUGAGGAUAAGGUCCUUUGCGACGUCGUUCCCAUGCAAACUUCCCACAUUUUGUUGGGACGGCCAUGGCAAUAUGACAAGAAAACUACUCAUGAUGGCUUUACCAACAAGUACUCCUUCUUGCACCACAACAAGAAGAUGAUACUUGUUCCUCUCAGCCCUCAGCAGGUGCAUGAAGAUCAACUGCGAUUGCAACAGGAGCAUGAACGAGAGUUGGCCAAGAAAUCAACCAAUUCUAAAGCAAUCAUUAAGGCACCAGUCAAGAGGACAUCUACCCCUGGAUCAUCUGGUCGAAUGGAGAAAAGACCCAACUUGCUUGCCAAGAACAGGGAAGUUCACAAGUUACUUUUGUCUAAGCAAGUUGUCUAUAUUUUAUAUUGUAAAGAGGUGAUUUUACUUUCUCAUGAAGUACUCAAUGACUUACCUCCUGAAAUCUCCUCUUUAUUACAGGAAUUUGAGGACGUUUUUCCAGAUGAGAUCCCCAGUGCUCUUGAUGAGAACAUGAAGAUUUGCAUGGAAUCCUUUCAUUUUACAAGUUUUCACAUUCCAAUGAUGGUUGAUGGUGCAAUCGGGCUCGAGAAUUAUUGA